AUGUGCGGCCUCGAGAAUGUGCAGCACCGGUGCUGCGGGGCGUACUCCCAAGAGGUACGGUACGAGUGCCAAAGGGCGGCGUCGUACGGUGGCUGGAUCCACUGCGCAUACCGCGACGCCCAAGGCGCACGAGCCGUCGACACGCCCUGCACAUCCUGCAGCCAAAGAGGCAGGCCCAGCGAGAGGAAGGACUCGUUCCACCCGUUUCGGAGCCUUGGAGGCCGAACGCCGACGCCGUGA